CAGGUGUCCGCUGGGGAGGAGUUAGAAAGUGAUAGGUACUUGAUAACUAUAGAGGAAAGGCUGGACUCCUCUGCUGACCACGCCCAGGGGUGCAAUUCACAGAGAGAAGAAGAAAUAGAAGUUAGUAACACACCUGGGAUUUAUCAACCAAACAAAAGGAAAAGACAAGUAUGUGUCAGCUUAGAGUACACCUUGAAGGGUCUAUAUAGGCUCGAAUUAAUUUAAGAGUUUUUUUUUUUUUUAAUGAAAAUGGAUUUUGUAAAGUAAUAACACAGGUAAUUUAAAGUCGGAACACAAAUUUAAGAUAUAUUUAAUAAUAGAAUAACUUUUUAAUUUGUGCAAAAAGUCUUCGUAACUCCUGGAUAGUAAUACAUUUGAGCUCAUAUUAAUGAUAUUGAUUUGUGUAACUCUUUGUAGUGUUUCCAACCGCCAAAAAUUAAUCAAACUACACCUGCACUAUCAAGGCACCUUGGACCUGAAUACAAAAAGGUACUCUGUACUGAGAAAGUUGUAAGGGAGCACUGCAGGCAAUAUAUAUGUUUGUUUACCCAUUCACCCUUGAACCGCCCAUAAGCACGGAGGCAGUUCCAUAGCCUGCAAGCAUUCUCGCCGGAAGUGAGCGGCGCCCCUCGCAUUUGCGUCUCCUAUCGCGCAAGGCUCUCGCGUGACUUCUCGCGUCUCCCCUAAAUGGAGAGCUUGCUCACAGGCUAGCAGUUCCAUGUCCCUUGUACCACUUGGGUCAUCCUCAAAUUUAAAUAUUCACCAUCAACCUGGACAUAUAGACUUACUUAUGUAAUAGAAAAAAGAUCUUUCCAAACAUACCUGAACGAGCAUGAUUCACUGAAACGGGCUGGAGAAAAACCUAUUACAACAUGAAAGGCUGACCCAAACAUUCCAAUGAAAAUGUAGUUCCACUACCCAAAAGGACUUCCUUCCGUCUAAUCGUUAAAGUUUUCCAAGUGCCCCUAUAGAAAUGAUGACUGGUAAAUGCCCAGCAAAAAAAUAAAUUAUUUAAAAAAAGUCAGGAAAGCGAAAGUAAAGGUGAGGAGAGGAAGCGAAUGGUACAUGAACUAAAGUCGAGGGGCCAGUGUCACUUUUAAGCCCUUAAGUCAUUAGGCCAAAACUUGUUUCGUUCUGGUUUUGGACCAUUUCACAUUCUUCUUUGUUAACAUCCUACAUUAAAUUCCUUUUCAGCCACGAAGAGAAAAUGUCCUUCCAAAAAAUACGAACCUUAACACCGCAGAUUCUAGAGUUCCUAGUAAAAUUGACUUCUUCAACCUGUACAGUACUUACUCCAGUAAUCGAGAGGUGGAGGGUCAUUCUCGUCACCAUGGAAAUAAGCAGGAGAUUCCCAGCUAUAACAGCUCUUCAGUGUUGCAGAAAUCAAACUUGCAAAAUUUGUGUGUUACACCGCAACGGCAUGACCAAGUUGUUCCACUAAAUGUAAAUGGGCCUUCUAAAGGUGGAGUGCAGAAAGAGAACAAAGCCUUGACUAACUCGGUGCCCUCAAAGUCAACCAUACCAUUGCAAAAAGGAAGCUUUAAUAACAUAAGUUUCUCUGAAGGCAAACGUAAUACUACCCAGAUCCUGGCAUUAUUCUCAGCGUUUAAGAAUACCCCUCGACUACAACUGUUAACAGAUGCAGAAAGCAAGAAUACUGAUCAAGCAAGCAUUGAGCCAACUGGAAAAUCACCUUUGCCUUUUGAGGGGAAUUUGGACAAAAGCUCAUCUCCAAAGGAUGCAGUAAGAUUAGGUGUGGAGACAAAAGGCUCUUCUGAGACAGCUUACCAACCUCAAAUAAAUGCUACAGACAGUGAUUCACCUGAACAGGACCUGAUGUCGAGUGAAGAUCUCUUCAACUCUUUUAAUUCAUCCCCGGAUUCGUUUGCAGCUUGUUCCUGUGAGAAGAAAGCUGAGGUAGCUAGUGUAGUUGGUCAAAUAAGCCCCACUUGUGAUGUUGCCUUUGUAGCCACACUACCAGACGAUGAUUCACAAGAUUGGGAGUCCCAUUGCGAGACACAAUUGAACGAUGUCUGGUCACAUGAUUCUGAACCAGUCUCUCCUUUGAUGAAACACCUGACAAGUGCAGUCCAAGAUCACGAUAAUUCUGAUUCUGAAGCUAAUGCCAAAAGUAAGAUGAAAAGAGGAUGCCUUUGCGACUUGUCAAGUAAUAACAGUCAACUGCCGAAACACUUCAAUAUUCAGAGCUCUAGUUCCCCUACUGCACACCACUCCUCUUCAGUCUUGCGCCCAUCUAUGGACUCGUGCUUAAUUCAGAAAUACCCCCAAGGCUCUUAUGCGUCAGAAAAGACAAUUGGUGAAGCAGAUUUCAUACACGCGAGUCCUUUAACAGACCAAAACCUACUUUCUUUGAGAUCGGAAGCUAGCACACGCCUUGCGGGAGCAAAUGCAAAAGAUGUUUCACUUAGAGAUUAUGAAAACAUACCUCAAAUGCGGUCAAGAACUGAACAAUUUAGUGUCGAAAUAAACGGAUUUUCCAGUCACCCGGGAUCAGCAUUUGCGUACACUGCACUGGAAUGCGUGGAGCGAUCGGAUAAAAGUUUGCGGGACAAAAAGUUUGGGAAUUUGGAGCCUUGGAAUGCAUCAUUUGGUUUAAAGGAUCUGGAAGACACUGAUAAUGGGCUAUCACCAGAGUUCUACCCACCAGACAGUGGAAAAAUAACCCAGUGGAGAGUUGUACCCAUUGUCUCAACUAAAGUGGUUCAUACUGACUCUCGAACGGUAAGCAACGUGCUGUGUGAACUAUUUUGCUUUGUACCUGUCGGGUACUGCUCUUAGGGUCUAACACAAAACUUGGUGUUGGUAAUCCUGUUGACUCUGAAGAUGACUACCGCACAGGUUGUCGAAACGUCAGUCACUGUCAACAACAAUCCUAUUCAGGACUACGCUCACCCGGAAUAUCAUAUUGCACUUACUUAUGAAAUCUUAACAUUGCUUAAUUUUGUGAUCGCCGUGUAGAGCCCACACGGAGAGCCAAAACUUUCAUAACAGUAGCUCAAGUUCAUAAAUACAGUCAACUCUCUUUAUAUAGGACACUGUAGAUACCUCAAGUUAGUGUCCUCAUUAGCGAGAGUCCGUAAAAGCGGGAGUUCAUUUCAGUCAAACAUCUCUAAUAUAUUUUUGGAGAGGAUUUAGCUGCUGUCCGUAUUAUCGGGGAGUCCGUUAUAGUGGAAUGUCCGCAAGGCGAGAGUUGACUGUAUCACCCAGUGACCCUACUGAUUAAAAUGAGCAGGGGACCUUAACACCUCAGUGGUGAUACUACCUUUUCAUGGGUUGUUUCGGAAAGGGGCUGUGUCAGGACCUCGGUAAUUGGCAAACGCUGUUGUGGUAUCCUCGCCAUAUCUGGUAAAAGUGAUAAACUGAGUUAAAUGAUGCAAAAUGUUUAACUGGUCACCUUAGAAUUAGUCAUGGUCGUUUACAUUAUACGAAAGGAAUCGGUAACGACAGGUUUCGACAAGAGCAGUGUGAUUGGGAAAGUUGUGUUCAGUUUUGGUAUUUUGAUGGGUGGUCGCACAUGGUAGUUCAGGAGUAGUAAUUUAAUGAUCAGCAGUCUUAUUACUGCGCUUUUCAAUAACACGCGAACUCUGAAGGUAAAAAGCUAAAUUAGCAAAUGCAAUUUUCGUUGGCGUCAAUUAUAAUUAUGGUCACAAACAACGGGCCUUCAAGCACAGCAAAACCCAACAUGGAUCAAAAUCCCAUUAUCAUAACCUCGUCAACUCGUUGAAAUAAACGCCUGUUUUUUGAGAGGUCCGCUGAGAUGAUUUACAGCUGCAAAGAAAGCAAAUGUGUAGUUAGUUUUUGAAUUUUAAGGUAAAAUUGAUUUUCCCAUGUUACACACUGUUAUAAAACGAGAAAGAAAUUAUGAAUGGCACUGAAGUGAUUGUCAUGUAAAUGGUGCUUUUAUACUGUGUUAGGUGAAGGCAGGUAAAGGUCACUCGUGGAAAGGCUCUGUGGUUAGCGAUACAGUGAAAAGAGGUUCACAUUCUGUUCCCAUGGUAACAGUUCAAAGGCAAGAACUCUACACUUCCACUACAUGACCUCAAGGUAAGAAUAGUUGCAUGGUGUAGUCCGGUGAAGUAGUACGAGCUUGAAGAAAGAAGAUGUUAAUCGACAUGUAUGUCACAAAGGUCGGACAAAGGAAGCAUCUUGAGUCCCCGACAUUGAUCUUGGGUUCCGGAUUAGCACAGUCCGUUAGUGCGCGGCCUUAUUUAAGAAGCUUGAAUACCCGUAAAACGAGCACUGAUGGAGAAAGUGGGGGUGGUGGUGGUGGUGGUGGUGGUGGGGGGGGGGGGAAAUGGGUUAGUUGAAAACUUAGAGAUACUUGGUAGUUGUGACAUUGUGACAUGACGAUUACAGUUUUAUCCCCCUUUACCACUGAGCUUAAAAUUUUUUUAAAACAAGCAAGAGCUCGUGUAAAUAAAUUACAGAAGGAUGCAGUGGAAGCAAAGGUUGUGGGGAAUAACUCGAAAAUUUUUUUCAUACUAACCAGUUCAGUCCAUACUUUAAGCUUUCCUCAGCCUGUAAACCUAACAAGGUUUCAUCCGAACAUCAGUGAUGAAAAAGAAAUGAAACUUAGUAAUAGCUAUAAUAUGUUUUUUUCCACUGCAAAAAAUUUGUCAUAUUCAUCAUUCAUUAUUUCAUUAUUUUGCUAAUUGACCGCAGGUGAUGGUCACUUCUUUGAAGGCUCAUAAAGAAGUGAUUUAAAACAUCCCUUUUUUUGAAGCAGGUCGACCAAACAUAAUUAGAACCUCUAAUUUAGCCACCUUUAUAUUUGUUAGGUGAUCAAAGAAUUCCAUCGUCUGACUUAACAAGCUGGGUAGACUCAAUUUCAUCGACGGACGUGUGUGAAGAUUCGCCUUCCUUCAUGUCAGGUUUGGAGAGGGGAUUUGCUACAAGUGAAAGUCUAGCGCUGUCAUCCACCAAGGGAUUUAUAAAGAACAGUCAAUUUGCAGAUCAAAACCACCCAAGGAUUUAUGAGG